CAGUGGAUUCAAAUUUUUCAUGAGGUAAGUUCUUUCUUCGUCUUUUUUUUCAGGAUGUAGCUGACCAUUGACUACUUUGUGCCAUAAGUUUCAAGGCAGUUUUUAAUAGUUUAUAAGUAGGUUACCUGAUUUCCUACAUAGUUUCUUUGCAUAAAUUCAUCAUAAGCUCUGCGUUGUGGAACCUUUAGAAAGAGCUGAAACGACAGUUUCCGACCGUGCCACACAGUUUUAAUUGUAAAGGUUAGUCCUGGAAGCAGGUGGGUAGUGUUUUCUUGCUCAUCAAAAAAAAGGUUAUGAAACCUUCAUGUCCUGUACGUUUUUGGCACUCCCGUUGGUACUUUUCGUCCACACUUUCUUCAAGGUUUCAGCAACUGCUGCGGGUCUUUGGCAACUUUUUUCUGUGAGUUUAAUUAAUAUUUUGCGAUAGUUAUGUCGACAUCUUCACAGUUAAUUUGGGAUAGAACUUUGUUGUUGUGGUCCUCAAAAGUGGAGGGCUGGGAAGUUUGGGCUUUGAAUCCUUAUACCCUGGAGGACUUGGAAGCGGAUUUUGUGGAUUUCAUGCUUGGUUUCCGGCAUUCACAAGUUGUGUCGUAGGAUGGGAGAUUGACAAGUAAGUUUGCUGUUCGAAGUAUAUUUUACUUUUUUCACUUCCUGCGGAAGUUUAUUGUGACUGAAGCUGUGAUGAGGUAAGUAUACUACAGCUUAGCUCGUAAGGCUUUGCUCACCGGUUUUUGCCAACAAAAUUUUUAUUUCAGUGGAAUCCUGUUUCCUGUCAUU